AUGGACAGCGACGACGAGCUGCCGAAUAUUGACCUCAACCCGUCAGGGUUUGAUACUAUCCCCUCUGGAGGUGGCGAAGGUUCCUCAUUCAAUGGAAGUGGUGAACCUUUACCAGGCGACCAUAGCCAGGUUUCAAGUAGUCAUGACCAACCGCCGGAAGAUGGAGAUUUGCCAAAUGCUGCUUCAGCCACUAGUGAGCCUAUGUCAAUCGAUUUGAACUAUUCGCAAGGCGAAGAAGCGGAUGUUUCAGACAAUGAGGAUGAUGACGAUGACGAUGAUAACAACGAUAACGAUAAUGAUCAUAACGAUAAUGAUGAUGAGAGCGCACUUCCCUCAUCUUAUCGAGCGCCGAGACUGCCAAGAUCAUUAGAGGACAAGUUGAACGCUUAUCACGAUGUUAUCGAGGACUCUGAUGAAGAGAGGGUAGUCGAAUUUACUGGGUCACGUUCCGGGCUGCGCACCCAAAAGUCUUGGUGGACUCUUAUUGAGUCUGAAAUGACAAGCUGGAGUACUAUCUAUAAAACCGCGUGCCAGGAGGGAAAUUGUUCACCCCAUCCAAAGAAACUGCAUCCAGACCUCCACUUGCGAAAACCGACAGACGAUGAACUUAGAAACGAUUUGCUGCAGACGGGUGACCAGCCAAGGGCUCAGCAGCAGGAGAUGUCACGAUGCUUUGAUAUUCCUGCAGAUGUACAAUUUCGGAUUUUGAAGCACUUCUUCCACUUCAAGGGCUGUGUAGUUCAUGCCAUCUCUCGUCUGGACCCGGAGCAUCCUGUAGAGGAAGUCCCUCUGAAUCGUUUUGGAAAGCCGAGCUAUUUGCAUCGUCUACAUGUGGGAAGAAACGCAGUCAGCAUCACAUUCUCACCGGAGCCGAACGACUUGCUGGCUCCGUUGUUGGUCUGUAAAAGAUGGCAUUUCUGGGGCAGUCACAUAUUCUAUGGCGAGAACACCAAUCGAAAGAAGGCUACAUCGCGCCGCACGUUUCCGCUGGUACAUCUUCCGGAGGCUAUCCGUCUCAAGAAUCUCGGCGUAUAUGUCCAGGAGUCCAACCCGAGUUACAUGCGUCGCAAACACGAGCCGAGGGGCAUCAUCCGUCAUAUGAAGGUCAAAACCCAGGUACAGCCUAACUUCAGACUUUUCCGAGCACUGCGCACGAUUCAGGGCAUGGACUAUGUCACCUGCCUUCGGGGCCUCAGCCGAGCCGAGUUCUGGGAUUUUGAUCGAUGGCUCGACAGCGGCGAGAGGAAACGGCCAGUGCGAGACUUCCACUUCAUAAUGGAUGUGAACAACUCUACGAGAAGGCCCAAGGAAGCGCGCGAUCGCAUUAGAUCGCAGCUAAGAAAUAUCUAUCCGGUAAUCACCUCGUUCAUACCAUCAGGGGAAGACUGGGCAACCUUAUUCAGAGGCCUUGGCUAUGUUGAUGAAGAUGAAGAAUAUAAAGACGACAGCUCGCCGUCACCGUCACCGUCGCCGUCGCCGUCGCCACCCCCAGACGAUGGAUCUGGGCCACCUGGGCCAUCAGAGCCAUCAGAGCCAUCAGAGCCAUCAGAGCCAUCAGAGCCAUCAGAGCCAUCAAAGCCAUCAGAGCCAUCAGAGCCAUCAGAGCCAUCAGAGCCAUCAGAGCCAUCAGAGCCAUCAGAGCCAUCAGAGCCAUCAGGACCAUCAGGACCAUCAGGACCAUCAGGACCAUCAGGGUCACCUGCGAUAACUGUUGAUAGCGACUCUGAUGAUGAUUCAAAUUCCGACGAUGACUCUAAUUUAGGCCCAAGCUCAAGUUCUGGCCCAAGCUCUAGUCCAAGUGGCCGGUCCAGUUUCACUCCCUCCGAAGGAGACCUCGCCGUUGAUGGUUCGCGCCACUCUAGAGAGAGCUCGCAAACGAGUAUUGUUCCCAUGGUUGAAACGCUAAAUUUGCGAGAUGACGAGCAUCAUAGCGAAUACGAGAGCGAUGAUGAGUCGACGAUUGUCCCAGACAACCGAUCUGUCACCGAUCAAGAAGUUGUUGACCUUACCAACGAGGGACAUGGAAGCGGUGAAAACAACUCUGAAAGUCAAUUGAAUUCAACCGAGUUCUCCAGCAAUGAUAUGCCUGAAGGCUCACUGUUUGUGGAAGACGGUUAUGUCGUCUCACAUCCGCCAUCGCCUCAAGACGGUCGACGUUCCUGGGACAUUGAAUCCAACCAGACUAGCCGGGCAACGGUGAGAUCUGGCGGCGAAUCCGAUUUAUUCGUGGGCAGUGCACCGACAUAUACGAACGAAACGCCUUCACGCGUCCCCACACUCCGCCAAAGCAGCCUGGGGAGUGAGAUUGAGGCCAUUGACCUCACAGGUCCUGAUGAUAUAGUGGACUCUUUUUUGCCCUCGGACAGUUGGAGUUCGCCUCCGAUUUCCAGGAAACGCUCUCUUUUCAAGGUCGAGGACGACGAGGAUGAAGAUGACGAGGAAGACGAAGAGGGCGAGGAGGACAAUACGAGUACCUGUACCCCCAGUAGUUCGAAGAGAGUUCGUACUCUAUCGCCAGCAUCAUUGCUGCGUACAGGCACAGGAGGCGAGAGUAUCUUUUUCUCCGCCUGA